CGAAUCUAGACAUAGACGGGUUAGCUGGCAAUACGACCGCAUUUUUGAUACGCUAGCCGCUGAUAUUUAGGUUUAUGUCUGUUACACGAAUGUGCCGGGCGUUUCCGAGCCGGAACGUCUCUUUUUUGCGCUGUGGGGCCCGUUUACUGCUGAACAGGCAGGUAUCCCGGACGGUGUCCAAUAAGGUGUCCCCGACUGCGGAUUUAGCCAAUUUCAAGGUUCCGAGCACUGUUGGGCCCUCUGGGCGGUUUCUCAGGUCUGGUGGUGUUCGUUUCAACUCAUCGAAGAAAUUCAACAGCGACGGCGAUCGUGAAUUGACUGACGAGGAGGCCGAAGAGCUGUUGAUCGAUUUGAAGAAAAUUUGGUACAAAAAGGAUUUGAGCGAGGAGGAACAGAGGGAGAAAAUCAGACAGCUGUUCGACAAGUACGAGAUUGGUGGACUUAUUUCGCCGUCCUCGACAAAAAUGAUCAACACGAUUCUGACAGACGAGAUGGCCACUCGUGCGGGUGAGAAGAUGGAGAACGUGCACAAGUUCCACAAGUCGCUGCUGGAUUACCAUACUGAAAAGCAGGAGCGGUUCAACGAGCGGGAAGACAAGGACGGGUUGUUUGGCAGCAAGUUCAGUUCGCCUACGAGAGGCGCCGGCAAGGGCGACGGUUCAGGCGUGGGUGGAAAUCCUACAGGGCCUAUGGGUCCAAUGGGGCCCGGAUUGAGGCCCGACGUGCUGUUGUUUUGGAUUUCGACGGGACUGUUGAUGUACUAUCUUUUUUCCCUGGAGUCGCACGAGCACGAGAUCACGUGGCAGGAGUUCCGCACAUCGCUGCUGGACAAAGGUUACGUGGAGAAGCUGGUGGUGGUCAACAACAACCUUGUGCGGGUGGUGAUGAACGAGUUGGGUCGGAGCCAGCCGGUGCACGACUCGCGCACCGAGUAUUACUUCACAAUCGGCUCUGUGCAGGUGUUUGAGGAGAAGCUGAAGCAGGCGCAAGAGGAGAACAAUGUUCCCGAGGAGUUGCGGCUGCCAGUGAUAUAUGUGCAGAACGCGUCUGUGUUCAAGGCGCUGUACAAUAUCCUGCCGACGGUGCUGUUGUUUGCGUUCAUCAUCUGGUCGUCGAAAAAGAUGCUCAACAGCGCUCCGGGCAUUGGGGGUGGCUUAUUUGGCGCUGCAGGCAACCGUUUCAAGCGGUUUAAUGCGGAGAAAAGCGUCAAGAUCAAGUUUGACGACGUUGCUGGUUGUGACGAGGCCAAGGAGGAGAUCAUGGAGUUUGUCAAGUUUCUGAAAAAUCCAGAAAAGUACGAGCGUUUGGGCGCCAAGAUCCCGCGGGGAGCCAUUCUGACAGGCCCUCCGGGAACGGGAAAGACGAUGCUGGCGAAGGCGACGGCCGGUGAGGCGGGCGUGCCGUUCUACAGCGUUUCUGGGUCUGAGUUUGUGGAGAUGUUUGUUGGAGUCGGGGCGUCGCGGGUGCGCGAGCUCUUCAAGACGGCGCGCGAAAACGCGCCGUCGAUUAUCUUUGUGGACGAGAUCGAUGCGAUCGGCAAGUCGCGGUCAAAAGGCCGUACUGCCGGCAGCAACGACGAGAGAGAAAACACCUUGAACCAACUGCUCGUCGAGAUGGACGGUUUCACCACAUCUGACUACGUGGUGGUGCUUGCGGGCACGAACCGUGCCGAUGUUUUGGACCAGGCAUUGCUCAGACCGGGCCGGUUUGACAGGAAGAUAUAUCUAGACAACCCGGAGCUGGAGGGCAGAAAGGCCAUUUUCGACGUGCACCUGCGCAACAUCAAGCUGAAGGAAGGGGCCGACCUGGACGAUCUCAAGGGCAGGCUUGCGACGAUGACGCCCGGCUUUUCCGGCGCAGACAUUGCCAACUGCUGCAACGAGGCCGCUCUGAUCGCGGCCAGGCACAACGAGGAGUUUGUCGACCUGCACGACUUCGAGCAGGCGAUUGAGCGUGUGAUUGCUGGGCUGGAGAAGAAAAGCAAGCUGCUGUCACCGGACGAGAAGCGCAUUGUUGCGUACCACGAGGCCGGACACGCCAUCUGUGGCUGGUUCUUGGAGAACGCCGACCCGCUGCUCAAGGUGUCGAUUGUGCCGCGUGGCCAGGGGGCCCUGGGCUAUGCGCAGUAUCUGCCGCCAGACAUUUAUCUGUACAGCACGAGAAAACUGCUGGACCGCAUGACAAUGACGUUGGGCGGGCGUGUGUCGGAGGAGCUGCACUUCAACUCUGUCACGAGCGGCGGCUCGGACGAUUUCGAAAAGGUGACGAAUCUAGCGCAGAAGAUGGUGCUGGAGUGCGGCAUGUCGCCGAAGGUGGGGCUUGUGAACUACAACGUGGACCGCGGCAACGACAUGACGAAACCGUUCAGCGACAAGACCUCGAGCCUGAUCGACUCCGAGAUCCACCGCAUUGUGGACGAAUGCUACCAGCGGUGCAAGGGUUUGUUGAUGGAAAAAUCCAAGGAGGUGGCACUUGUUGCCGAGGAGCUGCUGUCGAAAGAGGUGAUCACCAGAGAGGACAUGAUCCGGCUGCUGGGCAAACGGCCGUUCUCCAACAAGAACGACGCUUUCGACAAGUAUCUGGCCGAGAAAGAGGAGCGGGAAGGGGAGGAGAAGUAAUUCUACAAUUGUCUUGUCUAUAGUAUGCUAGAGAAUCUAGACCCGAAUGUUUUGAGCGCUAGUAGUCGCCGUAGAGAGCCACAUUGAAGCCGAGGCCGGAGCGGCCGCGGCCGGCGAUCGGCAGCUCGUAGUAGACGUUGCAGUGGGCCACAGAGCCGACUUUGUAGGUGAGGCCCAACGCUGCGCCCGAGCGCCAGCUGAGCAGCUGUGCCGGGUCGGAGGCCACCUGGCCGCCGUUGAGGCCGACGUACACACGCAGCGGGUAGGCAGGGUCGACAAAAAGCAGUCUGGAGAGCAGUCUCAGGUUUCCACUGACAUAGGAGGUGCCGCCAAACCGGGUCUCGCUGAGACUUGGGUAGCCGAGCGUUUUGGAGCCCAGCACGUCGAGAUAGAACUUGUCGUGGUAAUGGAUGGUUUUGGAGCCGCUAAGGUUGACGAUGUGGCCUGCCGCGAGCUGGCAGUCCAGCGUGAGGCUGUUUCUGAAGACCGACUUGAUGAGCUGCAGCGACGACUCGAACUUGACGAAUUUUUCUGGGCUGGUGUUGGAAAGCCCCGUGAGCUCGUUUCUCAGGCUCCAGUGGAACCCGUUAAGGGGAAGUGCGUUUUUGGACGCCGGCAGGUAUGUGAGCCUAUCGCAUGCGACGGAAAGCAGCACCGACUCUUUGAAAUGGUCGCCCGCGUAGGUUUUGAUCUCGUCGCUGGCACCGUCGCUGACGCGCAGCGUCGUUCUCUUGACGAGCGAGAUGGCUGCCGAGAAGGCAGCGGUAAAGUUCCUGAACAGCUUCAGUUUCUCCACGCCCAGCGUUCCCGAGCCGACCCAUUGCUGCUCCGACUGGAAGCGUGCGUCGUUUGCAUUCGACACAAACCCGUCCGCAAACAGUUUCAGCGACGUGUCCACCAUGGGAGCCUUGUACAGCACGUUGAGCAGCCGCACAGGCGAUUCUGGCACGAGUCCGGCCAGCGACGACACCUGUAGUAGCUCCGCGUUGCCAAACGUGUUGUUGUUGAUGUAAUUGAGCAUCAAUUGGUUGCCCUCUGGGGUGUAGACACUGCCGACGGUGGUGUGGGCCAAUUUGGCGGGAAUAAGGUCGAAUUUCGCCGUCACACAAAGCGGGCUGUGCGGAUCCUGCGCGGCGGGCUCCACUUUGGCCGCGACACUGUCGAAACAGCCUGUGAACGCGAGGUUUCCGAGGGCCGACUGACACCUGCUGUUGAGCUGGCCGACGGUGAGGUCGGCAGAGGAGAGCAGCGGUGACAGCAGCUUGUUGAAGAAGUUGUCUGAAAACUGCUCGCCGCCGGUGACGGAGACGGCCUUGAGAUUGAC